GCUAAACGGACUCUUUGGAUAGUAAAACAAGAGGGUGGUGCACAGAUCUCACCUCCAAACAGGUUCAUCUGGUGUAAGUUUGACGCAUACGUUAGACAUGAGCUGCUGUUCAACCAGCUCUGUCUGCAGCCCUCCGCUCACUUCUUCUUUAACUCAGAUGUCCAGCAUGUUGGACACCGCUGCAGAGCAAAUGAUGGUCCACAGAGAUUUCCAGGCAGCCUUAGACACAUGCGACAGAGGCCUGGAGAGUCUCGCCAACGUGGAGCAAGAGGACAGCAGAUGUGGAGAGAUUAAGGCUGGUUUCUGCAUCUUAGGGAUUCAAGCACUGGCCGAGCUGAAUCAGUGGCGUGGUGUCCUCUCCUGGGUCCUUCAGCAGUACGAGCACCAGGAGAAAAUACCUGCUAAAAUAAUGCAGAUGUGCAUACUUCUUUACUCCAAAGUGGGAGAGCCAGCAGUGAUGCAGGAGGCAGCCAGAGUUUGGUUACACUGCCCGUCCAACAGCAGAGUAACGGGGUUCAGGACGGUGGCAGAGCUGUACCUGCUGCAUGUCCUCGUGCCUCUCGGACACAGAGACGAGGCUCUGGAGCUGAUUGUCGGGGAGGUCGGGGGCAGCGCGUUCACAGAGGACCAGAGGCAGGCCGCACUGGAUGUUGUAGAAGAAAAAGAGCAACAGAAACAAGAACCGCCUCUAAAUCCAAGUCCAAACUCAGAGACCACCGCGCAUACUAUCUCAACUCAAGGAGCUGUGGUCCGUAAACUUGAAGCCACGCUCAGGUUCUUCUACAGAAAGCUCUUGCUGAUCGGCUCUGGCUCAUUCUCUCUCAGGAAAGUCUUCAUGGCUGCUGUUCUUCUCUACAUGCUUUUUCUUCGAUUGGAUCCAGCUCAUCCGUCUUCAUUCAUGUGGAUUUCCAAACUUCUUCAACUGCUCAAACAGAUGUGGAGUGCCAUGUUUGCACCGUACCAUCAGGCUCUCACUCACAGCAAAGGGCUGUAAAAGACUGAAAAUCACAAUGUGUUUUGUCACUUUUUCAAGUUUUAACAACUUCUGUUACUCCAAACAAAGACUUUUCCUGCGGUAUUUUCCAUUUUCUGAGUUAGAAACCACAGACUUUUUGAUGCCAUCAAGAUGCUCCACAGAGUGAUUCUAUCGCCUGGUUUUCGGUCUUUUACGCUGCACUUCUCUAAGCUUUUUACAUAAAUUCACCUCAGGUCAUCACUAACACAUACUUCAGAUUACAAGUCCAGAUUCUUCUUCCUAAAGCAGCUCCCUCUCCAUCGUAAUAAUAGCUUUAUUUAACCAGAGUCUCACUGAGAUUAAGAACCUUUUUUACAAGCAGCUGCACAUAUAACCUACAACAUAUUUACACAAUUUAUAACACAAAAUAAUAAUGAAAUAGAAAGAAAUAAGAUAUCAAAUGGAUAAUUAAGGAUCAACAAAACAGAUGAACUUAAUGAGUUGAAUGCUGAUAACCUUUUUACCACGACUCUAUGAUUAAUAAGCUUUUCAUUUAGCUGUCUUACACCGGAAGGAUUGUAAAACAGGUCACUUUGUGAUGUAAUAAUACAUCUACAUGUGUA